UGACGGGCGUAGGUGGAGUGGUUGGGCUGCAUGCGACAGCCUGCACCUGACGGCCAACACGGCUGCCGCUUGCGCCAGUUGCAGCAGCAGCAACAACAACAGCAGCAGCGUUGCCAGCUGCUCAUCAGCGGAGGGCAGCAGCUUGAGCGGCAGCGCGGAAGGCUCUGCUUCCACCAUCACGGAUGAGCACGUCUCGGCCGCCGCCGCCACCGUGCCUGUUGCUUCUGUGAUCGACGCACAACCCGCUCCCGUGAACCAGGAGGAGCCGGCUACCGAUGUGCCGAAGGUACCGAAGGCGACGGCAAGCGCGCCGGCCCACGCAGACUACCCUCGACACGGCGGCGGCCCCGCUGGCUCGGACGUCGCGGCGGCUGGUAUCCCGAGCAGUGCAAGCGCUCCUGUUGCGCCCACCUCCAACCACACCGCUACUUCGCCCGCCGGCGGUGCAGUGCCGGCUUCACAAGGGGCACACAUGAGCCAGCAGGACAUCCAGGCGUUCGUGGAGCACAGCGGCCUCAAGUGCUGCAGCAUCGUUCGGGACCUCGGGCAAGGCGCCUUCGGCUACACGCAGGAAGUGGACAUCGCGCUUCCCAACGGCACCACCAUCAAAGCCGCACGGAAGACCCUGCUGCCUCAGAAGAACGGACAUGUCGUUCCGGCGCUGCUGCAGCAGGAGGUGGCGGGCCUGCGGGCUGCUGCGGGCUGCGCGUUCGCCGUCUAACUCCUGGGGUACUCUAUCUUGCCCAGCCAUCGAGGCCGAGCCGGUGGAGUUGCUGCUGACCUACGUGCCGGGCGGGACCCUCGCCGAGUACCUGGAUGACCUGAUGAGGGCCAACCAGAUGCGCAUCUUCCACGGCCCACCUCCCACAGCCAUGCGCACCGGCCAGAACAAGGACAAGUAUGAGCGCCUGCCGUACACCGGUGCCACGCUAAUGAGCGAGCCCGAGCUGCGCGCCCUCGCCAUUGCCCUGCUGCAAGUCGUCAAGGUCAUGCACGCUCGAGGCUACUGGCACUGCGACAUCAAGCCCGCUAACGUGCUCGUGGACCAUGCGCCUGACGGCAGCAAGGUCUUCCGCGUCUGCGACAUGGGCAUUGCGUCCAAGGCAGACAAGUCAGGCCGGCUGCUGCAAUGCCCUGGCGGAACACCUGCCUUCGCUGCUGGCGAGGUCCUGCAAAAGAUUCGGCUCGGGAAGUCCCAGUACCCGGUCUGCCUUCAGUCAGAUAUGGCGGCUAUCGGGAUGGUGAUGGCGCAUGCUGCCGCCUUCCGCGGCCUGCCGGGUGGCCUGCAGCAAUAUGCACUCUGGGCGCGCGACUUGCCUCACCGCACGCCGCCCGCACUCAAGGACUUUAUUGAGCAGCUCAUGUCCGUUGACCCCGCCGAGCGGCUCACACCCGAUCAGGCGCUUGCGCACCCGUGGCUGCAGUAGCGGCAGUGAGAUGAGAAUGUGCGGCCGAAUGUCAAGGGGUGGCGGCGGUGCAUACGUGUGGUGCGCUGCUCAUGCUAGGUCGUGCGGGGUAGGCGGCUAGGCGCAGACGUUGAGGUGGUGGGAGCUAUGCAGUACCGUACUAUUGGAUAGUUGAUUGUAGAUUGGGGUUGCAUUCUGAGUGCCGUUUACGCAGAGCCUUGGAUUACAUCAACCACAGAUAUCUGGCCUUUUGCUCAAAUGUUUCAGUGCAAUUACCGCAUUGGUGCACCGGUGGCAGCAUCUUGCAUGUCUUCAAUGCAAAUCCUAGCUAGGUGUUGAAUCCCCGGACAUAGAUUGUCACCUGCUGCUACGGUACUGUAGGUCUUCGUCGGGGGCGGGCAAAGCGACUUUAAGUGCAGCCGCCAAGUUUCGUUCAAGUUUCAUUGUUGCAUGUGGGUAGUUUGAGUGCUUAGUACUUAGGGACAUGCGUGUGCGGCUUCUACGGUGGUAUGAUAGGACAGCACGGGCAGGACUUCCGGGACGGACGGAGUAAGGUAGAGCCGCCGCCGCAAGCGGCCAAGUCGCAUGCGGUAGCAAUAAUCUUUAAAGUGCAUGGAAUGGAUUGAAGGCAAUUAUACUGGACAGGGCACAGCGCCGGGUUGCAGGGAAAAGGUUUUGGCCAGCGUGCAAGCCCGGCGGAUGUGCCGCGCUGCGUUAGAGCUUGGGCGGGAGCAGCCAGCAGUGCAGCACUCGUAAGGCUACACCGGGCUUGACCACCAGGCACAUGCACACCUGUGCAGACUGCCCCGCCCCUCGCCUGAUUUCGAGCAUAAACGCCUGAUAUUGCGAUAUUCACUCGCUGGUGGGGGGUGCGUGCCUGUUCAUGGCGCUGCUCGUUUAGGAUUAGCGUGCCCUGAGUGUCGAGCGGCAUGCCUGCUGGGGCGGGUGAGAGCUCAACCGGGUGUAUGUUUGCACAGCAUGACACAGGAUGAAUGGAUCCAGACACUCUAGCCGCUUGCGCUUAGGAGACAGCAUCAUAUUCAAGGGGCCCGCUAGAGCAAGGGGCACGUACGCCACGCUGAACUUACCUGGACGGGUGCGUAUGUGGGCGUGUGUGGGGGGGCCGGGGAGGGGUGGCAUUCUGCCCCGGACGGGGCAGAGAAGCGUGGGAGCGGUGUCAAAGGUAGUACUCGGCACAAUGCGUGGAGCAAGCAGCGCUUGACAUGAUCAACAUAGGCAUGCGACAGUGUUGUCGUGAACUACAGAAUGGCCCCAAAAGCGCCGGCCCAACAGGGUCAUUCACUUGCGAGUUCCAACCCCUGAUGUGGGGAGAAUGGGGUAAGGUCAUACCAGGUCAUACGGUAUCACGACAAGUCGCACAAACUCAAGAAAGGAAACCAUUUCGGACAGGCACGACGGGGCGUUCGCGGUGAGUGCGCUGGCACAUGGGCGGCCCAAGAAGGAGCUGGUGCGCUCCAAAGACGUGGUGGUGAGGCAGGGGGGGGGGGGGUAAGGAAACAAAGUGCCAGACCCCGAAAUCCCCCGGGACCCCCAUACACACAAGGGUUAUGCGAUUAGUGAAGGUUUGACGACUAUCGUGGACGAAUCACGAAUUUGGUGAUGCUGUUCACAAUAACAAUAAAACUUGUAGCCAUGUAACUGGUCAAACUG